UUCAUAAUUCCACUCAAAUAAAGACAAAUAGUCAAAUUAUUCUCAACCUAACAUCAAAACGAGUCAUACGAUACGAUUCUAUGUACUCAUGUAAUUAUUUUUAUCAAAACAUUUAACAAAUUAUCAUCUUAUCGACCCUUACCAACAAUAUUCGCGAUCUCUGGAUAUCAGUGCUAAUUAUUAUGACGUCACACAAUGCUAACAUGUGCAUAUUAUGAGUAUUAUGACAAUUUUGCAAUGCAAGCUACAUAGUUUGUUGUCUAGCUAAUUUUAGCUGGUUUCAUAGCAUGUUUAUCUCUGUAAGCGUGGAAGUGCAGUGGUUUUCUAUACAAAAUGGAUAGUAAUAGUGAAAUAAGUGAUAAAAAAGUGGAGGACGAACAAAGAAAAGAGUUGGGGCCGCAUCAGAAAAUUUGUCUAGUAUGUGGCGAUAAGGCGUUGGGAUAUAAUUUCAACGCGAUAUCCUGUGAGAGUUGUAAGGCGUUUUUCCGUCGGAAUGCUUUAACUGGCAAGGAGUUCAAGUGCCCUUUCUCUAACAACUGCGAUAUUACGGUCAUAACUCGGCGUUUCUGCCAGAAAUGCCGUUUAGAAAAAUGUCUAGCCAUCGGCAUGGUGAAAGAGUUUAUCAUGUCAGAUGAGGACAAAGCAGAGAAACGGAGGAAAAUAGAAGAGAAUAGAGCUAAGAAGAGACAGCGGGAUCCGGAUGAGGAUAUAACUAGCUCGAAGAACUUUAAGCGAGACGAUGAUGUUAGAAAUUUUACGCCUCAAAUACAAGAGUCUGUGAUACAAUAUGAUGUCCUUAACAGUACUACUUGUAGCCCUAACAGUACCGUACAGUCUCCGCUUAGCAAUGAGGUGGACUCAUUAAGUUCUCCGCCAGGUUAUGGGUCCUAUGUUCCGGUGCAGAGCGCAGAUCACCCGUACACUAUGAAGGUGUUUCCGAUGGAUGAGAAAACUCAGUAUGAUCCGAGGAUGAUGGAGUCAUACAAUAUGUGUGAUAGUAUGAUGUCUAUUGAAAGUACAAUGUAUGAACAGCCAAAACAGAACAGUAUAAGGUCAAUACUGACAAAUGGCGAUGCGAUCCACCGGGAAGCGAAGCCGGUUCACAUGUGCGAGGAACUGCCGUCCACAAGCACUGAUCCUGACAUUAAUAAAGCUAGGGAUAUACUGCAGGAUGUCGAACGAAUAGAGCCAAAUUCCAUGGAGUCCAUACUGUGUGAGGCAAUCAAGCUGGAGUUUGAAGCGUACACCUCCGUUAACAACUGCAGCGGGUCAUCCAGAGAACUCAAUGAGGUGGAGCGAGCGAAGCUAAACGAGCUUAUAGUAGCGAAUAAAGCAUUACACGCCCCUAUAGACGACGAUAUGUCGCAACUUAUAGCGGCCGACUGCACUUCCAACCUCAAAGAUGGUGACGGUGUCCACGACCCGCGGCUAGUGACCAUUGUGAACCUUACGGCGAUAGCAAUAAGGCGGUUCAUUAAGAUGGCCAAGAAGAUCAACGCUUUCAAGAACAUGUGCGAGGAAGAUCAGGUGGCGCUUUUAAAAGGAGGCUGUAUAGAAAUGAUGGUCCUGAGAAGUACAAUGACUUAUGAUGGACAAAUGAAUCAGUGGAAGGUACCUCACUCUCAAGAACAAUUCGGUUGCAUCCGCACCGACGUCCUAAAGCUGGCGAAAGGCAACAUCUACCGCUCGCACGAAUCCUUCAUUCGCUCGUUCGACGCGCGCUGGAGACAGGACGAGCAAAUUAUCCUGGUCAUGUCCGCCAUUUUGUUGUUCACCCCGGACCGGCCCAAGGUCGUGCAUCGGGAUGUUAUUAAACUAGAACAGAAUUCCUACUACUACCUACUCCGUCGCUACCUAGAAAGCGUGUACCCGGGUUGCGAAGCGAAAUCCACUUUCCUCAAGCUCAUACAGAAGAUCCUGGAACUUCGGAAGCUUGCUGCAGAAGUUACUGGGGUAUAUCUAGACGUGAAUCCUAUUGAACCACUUUUGAUGGAGAUAUUUGAUUUGAAACACCAUCCUGCUUAAGCAAGGUAGGAUAAUAAGUUUAAUAUGUAAAAUAUGUUAUAGGACCAUUUUAUGUAAAGUUAUACACAUUACUUUUUAGUAAUGAAAGAGGUCGUAAUUCUAAGAAAUAUAAAAAAAUAUGUGAACAACUUUAAAUAAAAUGACACUAUUGAUAAAGGAAUAUACUAAGACGCAUAGUGUAAAAUAUUGAAGAAAAAAAAUUACAACUGAAGUAGGUAGCGCUUCCGGGUUUCAACGUGACGCCUUUCAAUAUGAUAUUUGCCAACUCAAUGGAACCACCUACAGUCUGUAUCUUUAGGUAUUUAAAUAAAAGUAAACAAGCAAUUUGUAAAUUUUCGGGUAGUUACAACAUUGAUUGGUUAACCAACCACACGCAAAACCAUUUGGAUCAGUCACUGAACGACUUGACUUUAACCUACAGUAGUUGAUCAUGUAAUGUUAUCAUUUUGACGACAAGUCUGGCCUAAAGGGUAGUGACCCUGCCUAUGAAGCCGAUGGUCCCGGGUUCGAAUCCUGGUAAGGGCAUUUAUUUGUAUGAUGAUACAGAUAUUUGUUCCCGAGUCGUGGUUGUUUUCUAUAUAUGUAAGUAUUUAUAUAUUUCUUUCUAUAUAUGUAAGUAUUUAUUGUCUGAGUACCCACAACACAAGCCUUCUUGAGCUUACCGUGGGGCUUAGGACA